AUGUCCCAGAAAACUAAGAAGGUAGGAAUUGUAGGGAAGUACGGUGUGAGAUACGGUGUUUCCCUGCGUAAGAGAGCAAAGGUAUCUGAAAUCACUCAGCACGCCAAAUACACGUGCAACUUCUGCGGAAAGAAGAACGUGAGAAGAGAAGUCGUUGGAAUUUGGAAAUGCCGAUCUUGCAACGUAGUUGUUGCAGGAGGAGCCUACAACGUCGUAACUGUUGCAGGACAAUCUGCAAAGUCACAAAACCAGCGCCUGAAGGAGCUCACAGAUAACUAA